AUGCCUCUGGCCACUUACGCCGUUCUGGGCGCAACCGGCAAUACUGGCACGGCUCUGAUCCAGAAUCUGCUCUCGCCACCAUCUUCAGAAAUGCACAUAAACGCCUACUGUCGAAACAAGCCCAAACUCUUAAACCUCUUGCCCGAACUCAACGACACGAAAAAUGUGACUAUCUUUGAAGGCUCCAUCACCGACUUAUCCCUCAUCACCGCAUGCAUACGCAACACACGUGCGGUCUUCUUGACCGUCACUUCAAACGACAAUAUUCCCGGUUGCCGACUGAGUCAGGACUCGGUGCAGACGGUUCUCGAGGCACUCAAGCAGAUUCGUACAGCGGAACCGAAUGCAGUUGUGCCGAAACUGGUCCUUCUCUCCUCCGCGACGAUAGAUCCGCACCUAAGCCGCAAAAUGCCCUCGUGGUUCUUACCGAUUAUGAAAACAGCUGCGAGUAACGUCUACGCCGACCUGAUCAAGGCAGAGGAGAUGCUGCGAGCGAACGAGUCCUGGGUCACAAGCAUUUUCAUCAAGCCUGCCGGCUUGAGCGUCGACAUUCAGCGUGGUCACAAACUCGACUUUGACGAGCAGGAGUCGUUCAUCUCGUACCUGGAUCUGGCGGCUGCCAUGCUUGAGGCGGCAAAUGAUACAGAUGGGAGGUAUGAUGGGAGGAACGUCUCUGUGGUUAAUACGGGGGGCAAGGCGAGGUUCCCGCCUGGAACUCCGAAAUGUAUCAUUGUUGGCUUGCUCAGGCAUUUCUUCCCGGGGUUGCAUCGAUUUCUGCCAACAACGGGGCCUUCCUAA